AGCCUUCUGUUACCCGAAUGGUGGCUUCCAUAAACCAGAGCUGGCUCAAGGCCAAGGGGAUGGGCCAGCACCACAACGCCUGCAGCUUUGGGGGCCAGAGCUUCCAGGAGCUGCAGGAGGCCUACUUGAAGGCGGAGGAGCUGUUUGAGGAUCCCCUGUUCCCCACGGAGCCUUGCUCUCUCCGCUUCAAGGAUCUCGGCCCCAACUACAAACACACGCAGGAAAUCUGCUGGCUGCGGCCCAAGGAGAGCACAUGCAACCCCCAGUUCAUUGUGGAUGGGCUCAGCCCCACGGACAUCCGCCAGGGCGGCGUGGGUGAGGACUGUUGGCUGCUAGCUGCCAUGGCCUCCCUGACCACGUGCCCCAGGCUGCUGUCCCGAGUGGUGCCCGGAGGCCAGAGCUUUCAGAAGAACUACGCUGGUAUCUUCCAUUUCCAGAUCUGACAGUUCGGGCGCUGGCUGGAUGUGGUGGUGGAUGACCGUCUGCCCAGCAGGGCCAACCGGCUGCUCUUCGUGCACUCGCAGCAGUGCGAGGAGUUCUGGAGCGCCCUGCUGGAGAAGGCCUACGCCAAGCUGAGUGGGUCCUAUGAGGGACUGGCAGGGGGCAGCACCGCCGAAGGCCUGGAGGACUUCACCGGCGGCAUGGCGCUGACCUUCCAGCUCCAGAGCCCCCCACCCACCCUGCCAAGGCUGCUGCCCCGGGCCCUGCAACACUGCUCUCUCAUGGGCUGCUCCAUGGAGGUCACCAGCGACAGUGAGCCGGAGUCGGUAAUGCCCAGCUUGCUGGUGAGGGGCCACGCGUACUCAGUGACUGGCCUGGUGGAUGUCCUCUACAGGGGCAGGAUGGAGACGCUGCUGCGGCUCCUCAACCCCUGGGGCCACAUUGAAUGGAAUGGAGCCUGGAGCGACAACUCUGCAGAGUGGGGCGAAGUAGACCCCAAGGUCCAGAUGCAGCUGCUGCGCAAGAAAGAGGAUGGUGAAUUCUGGUCAGUGUGGCUGGGGCCACCCAACCCCUUACCUCGUCCCUGUCUCCCUGCCAUGAUGGUGGUUGGAGAAGCUCGGGGACCCUGGGCAUGGGCGUGUGCAGUGUGCCCUCCUCCCCGCCACAGGAUGUCCUACCAAGACUUCCUGUGCCACUUCUCCCUCCUGGAGGUCUGCAACCUUACACCUGAUGCCCGGGCGGGGUCCAAGAGGCGCUGGCACAUCACCUUCUACGAGGGCAGCUGGCGGAGGGGCAGCACUGCGGGGGGCUGCAGGAACAACCUCAACACAUUCUGGACCAACCCCCAGUUCAGAGUCUCACUCUUGGUGGGCGACGACCCCGAGGACGACCUGGAGGAUGACACGGUCGUCUGCACCUGCCUGGUGGCUCUGAUGCAGAAGAACUGGAGGCUUGGCCAGCCGCAGGCCACGCUGCUGACCAUCGGCUUCGUCAUCUUCCCGGUCCCCAAGGAGUUUCAGAGUCUUCAGCAUGGCCACCUGAGAAAAGACUUCUUCGAGAUGUACCCGGACCUGGGCUUUGCUGAGAUCUUCGCCAAAGCGCAGGAAGUGCACAACGAGCUGCAGCUAGCACCCGGCGAGUACAUCAUUGUCUCCUCCAUCUUCGAGCCUCAGCAGGACGCCGACUUCCUGCUGCGGGUCUUCACAGAGAAGCACAGUGAGUCCUGGGAAAUGGACGAAGUCAACUAUGCUGAGCAUCUCCAGGAGGAGACCAUCUCUGAGCAAGACCUGGACCAGGACCUCCUCAGUGUAUUUGACAUGGUGGCCAAUGAGGACAAGGAAAUACACGUGCACGGGCUCCAGACUCUGCUUAGGAGGUUGGGCUGCCAGACUAACGUCAAGACCAGGGGCUUGGGCCUGGACACCUGUCGCCGUAUGAUCAACCUCAUGGACAAAGACAGCUCGGGCAAGCUGGGGCUUCAGGAGUUCCAGAUCCUGUGGAAAGAGAUCAACAAAUGGGCGGACAUCUUCCGAGAGUGCGACCGAGACCAUUCAGGCACCCUGAACUCCUACGAGAUACACCUGGCAGUGGAGAGGGCCGGCAUUAAGUUGAACAAUGAGGUGGUGGAGGUGCUGGCGGCUCGAUAUGCAGACGACAACCUGACCCUGGACUUGGACAACUUCCUCUGCUGUUUCCUGAGGCUCAAGGCUGUGUUCACCUUUGUUCUAACCAUGGACCCCAAGAACACCGGCUAGAUCCGCUUAAACCUGGAGCAGUGGCUGCAGAUAACUCUGUGAGGGGAGCCAGCUCCCCCUGCCUGCAGGGUCUGAGGGCCAGGUGCUCGGUGCCACCCUAGGGCCAGGUCCCUGCAGAGGGCAUGGGCUCCACAUGCCAAAGUUACUCCAUGCCUGCCCUCCCAGCUCAAAUCCCCCUCUCCCCACCCCUGCCAGGCUUCUAGUGCCUGGGUCGGCCCCACGGGCUUGAGCUCUUUCUGAAUCUGUUUUACUAAAAAUUAAGUGACACUUCCCCAGCAUCCCCUGUCCACACCCACCUGCGCCUGGCACUCACCCCCUCACCUGUGGACAGUACUGUAAUAAAUGCCGCCUGCCACCCA